AUGGUCAGAGAUGGACAUCAACACAGCCCAGCAGAACUAAAUGAACUGCUUCAAGAAACCUCAUCCAUUUUGUGGCAGGCCCGAAAGAGUAUUCCGUCAGAACAGUGUCAAGCAGAUGAUGAUGAGGUACAGUCACCAAGGGCACAGUCAUCGAGUUUAAAUCAAGAUGGAAACGACAUGUUGCUUCCUCCACCACAGAAAACUUCAAUCAACCCAUGCAAAUGCAAGAAACCUUCCAAAUCUAUUUGGCAUUUACAUAGCAUAGCCAUGGCUCAAACAGACAUUGAAGUGUUAAAAAAACGAGGUACUCUACGAGCAAAGUUAAUAAAUUUCGAAAAGUAUUUAAACAAUUUUGAACUUGAUAUAGCAGCAAACGAUGUAAGCCGAGUUCGCAUCAUAGAAUUACAGCAGAGAUUUGAUAAAUUUAGCUAA